AUGGCGACGCAGGUGGAGGCGCUGCUGCCCGGCACGGCCCCGCUGCUGCCCGCCGAGGAGCGCGCCCUGGUGCUGAAGCCGCCGCAGGACGGUGGCGGCCGGGAGAAGGGCGAGCCGCCCAUGGGCCCCGACGGCGGGCCGGCGGCGCCGCGGCCGCCCAGCGCCAAGCAGCAGAAGGAGGAGAGCAACAACCAGGAGAAGGAGAGCCUGCUGAGGGCCGGCGAGGCGGAGGACGGCGGCGGCGAGGCGGGCGGCGCGGGGCGCCGGGAGUUCAUCGAGGCCCCGCCGCCCAAGGUGAACCCCUGGACGAAGAACGCGCCGGCCGUGAACGGGCAGUCGCCUCCCGAUAUAUUUCCAACUGAUGGCCAGUCUGAACUUACAACUCCAGCAAAAGUGGUGAGGGCUGCCAACCCAAGACAGCGGAAAGGAAGCAAGGUUGGUGACUUCGGUGAUGCCACAAACUGGCCAACACCUGGAGAAAUAGCCCACAAGAGUGUCCAGCAGCCACACAAAGCACCAGCCCUUCGGAAACUGCCUGUCAAGAAAGACAUGAAAGAGCAGGAGAAGGGGGAUGGGAGUGAUGGCAAAGAGAGCCUGAAAACCAAAUCAGAUGAGUCUGGGGAGGAGAAGAACGGUGAUGAUGACAACCAGAAGUCAGCCCAGAAGAAGAAAGGCAACAAACACAAGUGGGUCCCUUUGCAGAUAGACAUGAAGUCAGAGGUGCCUAGGGACAAAACCGCCUCUCGGAACAACCGGCAAAACGAGCAGCACAGGCACCCCUCCAACAACCGCAGCGAGCUGAAAGGCUGGCACCCAGACAACAAGCACGAGCGCAGCUGGCAGGACCACGAUGAGACCUCCAGCGUGAAGAGCGAGGGAGGGGCCGUGCGAGGGACCUUCCGGGGCCGAGGCAGGGGCCGUGGCAGGGGCCGUGGCCGUGGCAGAGGAGGGCACUUCGAUUACCAGUAUGGGUACCGGAAAUUCGAGGGCUCGGAUGGCUCCCGCACCCAGAAGUACGCCAGCAACAUCACCUACUACUUCGACAACAUCAGCAGUGCUGAGCUCUACAGCGUGGACCAGGAGCUGCUCAAAGACUACAUCAAGAGGCAGAUAGAAUAUUACUUCAGUGUUGACAACCUGGAGCGAGACUUCUUCCUGCGCCGCAAGAUGGACUCGGACGGCUUCCUCCCCAUCACCCUGAUCGCCAGCUUCCACCGGGUGCAGGCACUGACCACUGACAUCAGCCUCAUCAUCAAGGCUCUGAAGGACAGCAAGGUGGUGGAAAUCGUGGAUGAGAAGAUCAGGAGAAAAGAGCAGCCAGAAAAAUGGGCUCUGCCUGGCCCUCCUAUGGCAGACUACACUCAGACUGACUUCUCACAGUUCAUCAAUUGCCCUGAGUUUGUGCCCCGGCAGAGCUUCCAGAAAGAGACAGAGUCUGCUCCUGGCUCCCCACGUCCUGCCAGCCCUGUCCCCACCAAAACAGAAGAGGUCAGUAACCUGAAGACAAUGCCCAAGGGCCUGUCCACAAGUCUGCCAGACCUGGAUUCAGAGACAUGGAUUGAAGUGAAGAAGAGGCCUCGGCCUUCCCCAGCCAGGCCCAAAAAACCAGAGGAGUCAAAGACACCGCAGCAGCAAAAGCAAAAGGACCAAGAUGAGCCUGAGGAGCUGGACUUCCUCUUCGACGAGGAGAUGGAGCAGAUGGAUGGCCGCAAGAACACCUUCACUGACUGGUCAGAUGAAGAUUCCGAUUACGAGAUCGACGACCGCGACGUGAACAAGAUCCUCAUCGUGACGCAGACCCCUCCUUACCUGCGCCGGCAUCCUGGUGGGGACCGGACUGGCAACCACACCUCCAGGGCUAAAAUGAGCUCAGAGCUGGCCAAGGUGAUCAAUGAUGGGCUCUACUACUACGAGCAGGACCUGUGGACAGAGCAGUUCGAGCCAGAGUAUUCGCAGAUCAAGCAAGAGGUGGAGAACUUCAAGAAGGUGAAUAUGAUCAGCAGGGAGCAGUUUGACACCCUGACCCCAGAGCCCCCUGUGGAUCCAAACCAAGAAGUCCCUCCAGGUCCUCCCAGGUUCCAGCAAGUACCUACUGACGCUUUGGCCAACAAGCUGUUUGGAGUCCCUGAGCCUUCCACCAUCGCCCGGUCUUUGCCCACGACCGUACCAGAAUCACCCAACUACCGCAACGCCAGGACCCCCCGCACCCCCCGCACGCCGCAGCUGAAGGACCCGACACAGACGCCCCGGUUCUACCCCGUGGUGAAAGAGGGCAGGACGAUAGAUGCCAAGACUCCACGGAAAAGGAAGACGAGGCACAGUUCGAACCCUCCGAUGGAGUGCCACGUGGGCUGGGUGAUGGACUCUCGGGAGCACAGGCCACGAACUGCCUCCAUCAGCUCCAGCCCCUCAGAGGGCACCCCGGCCGUCGGGAGCUAUGGCUGCACCCCACAGUCCCUGCCCAAGUUCCAGCACCCUUCGCACGAGCUGCUCAAGGAGAACGGCUUCACACAACACGUCUACCACAAGUACCGUCGGCGCUGCCUUAACGAACGGAAACGACUGGGCAUUGGUCAGUCCCAGGAGAUGAACACGCUUUUCCGGUUCUGGUCCUUCUUCCUCCGAGAUCACUUCAACAAGAAAAUGUACGAGGAGUUCAAGCAACUGGCUGUGGAGGACGGAAAGGAGGGAUACAGGUACGGUCUGGAGUGCCUUUUCAGAUACUACAGCUACGGGCUGGAGAAGAAAUUCCGGCCAGACAUAUUUAAGGACUUUCAAGAAGAGACCAUCAAGGAUUACGAAGCUGGGCAGCUCUAUGGGCUGGAAAAGUUCUGGGCCUUCUUAAAAUAUUCCAAAGCCAAAAAUCUGGACAUUAACAGCAAACUGCAAGAAUACCUCAGCAAGUUCAAGCGCCUCGAGGACUUCAGAGUAGAUCCACCCAUGGGGGAGGAAGGUGGACACAAGAGAUACCCUUCGACGUCAGGGGGAGAUGGCAGGAAGCGCUACCCAUCCCAGUCUUCCAGCAAAACGGUCAGCCAGUGCCCAUCCAGCCAAGCCCACGCCUCCAGCCAGCCUGCACAAGAGGAUGCCAAAAACCUGAGCCAGCAAUCCCCUGCCCCAUCGGCUGCAGAGUCGCAGACAGUGGGGAAGUAGAGAGGCUGCAGCGUCUGCUUCCUGCUGGGGGAUGGGGUGGGUUGGUGGGGGGACUGGCUUGGAGAAGGGGAGACAUGAGGGGGUGGGACAGGAAGGGAGCUGGAAGGUGGGUGCCCAGGAAUAGGCUGCUUGGGAGAAACUUCAACGCACACGAUCAUCUUCUCUUGUGGCUGGAAAGCAAGGACUAUCUACAUCUAAAACACCAUUUUGCUAUUACAACCCUGACCAGAGCCAGACCCGCUCCCAGCAGACCCACCUUUUCCUUUCCCUUCCCUCCCCUCCUGUGCACACACUCAUGUCUUAGCGUCUCUUCAAAAAAAAAAAAAAAAAUGUGUUCUGGCUGGGUUGGAAAGGGGAGAUUUUUUUAUUAUUAUAUAUAUAUAUCAAGUUUUAAAUUAUUGCUAGAAGUUCGUCUGGAUUUACCAAAACAAGUCUGCUCUGUGUGGCCCCAACGACUCCCGUCUGUGUCCCCCCUCGGAUCUCGCGGGGCAGCCGCUCAGGAAGCUCGGAGGAGCGAGGUUCCCCAGUGGGGGGCCGAAGCCACAGCGUGUCACGAUGCUGCGGAGCCUCUGAUCUCCAUGACUCGGCUGGCGUCUCCCAUUCCACGUACGGCGGUGCCUCUCCCGACACCGACCACCUCGACAGGAGCAUCGCCCUGUUCGUCCUCCCGCUCCCUCCUGAACCCCAACGUCUUCACCUUCCCGAGGGUCUGGCUCUUCCCUCUGCCCACCUCUCCCUUCCGUCACGGACAAUUUGGAAGUCAACCAAAGGACCUUUUGCCAAGGAUAGGCUUGUUCUGACUCCUUCUUGCGAGGAUGGCUGGUUGGGAGGCUGGCAGGCACCUGGACUCGAGCCUGCAUGGACGGUGCAUCCGCUGCCCCAGGAAUGCCCAUCGCGUGCAAAGACAGGACUUUGCUGAAGGAGCUUUUCUCUUCCUUUUCCCUUGGAAAAAAUGACAUGACAUAAAAAAAACCCACAAACCCCUCUUAAAAAAAAAAAAAAAACUACAACAAAAAACUCUUUAAAAGGACACAUCUCCCUUUGCUUUCUUCCUUGGAAAUACUAUUGAAGAAAAACAAACAAACAAACAAAAAAAAAAAACCAACAAAAAAAACCCAAAAACCCACACAAAAAAAGUUGCCUUAUGGUGGAGCUGGACCGGGGAGGCUUGUUGGCUUCCUGCACCCUGGGGUGCACUGGGCACUUGGCCCCCCCAGGCCCAGAGACUCCUCACGGCAUUGCUGCCGAGCUGAUCUUCCCUGCGGCCUUCCCUCUGA